AUGGGUGGCAUUCCGUGGCAGAGUAAAGGAUGCAGGACGUGUCGGAAGCGGAAGAUCAAGUGCGAUCAACAAGAACCCGAGUGCGCACGGUGCCUGAAGACGGGGAUAAAGUGUUUGGGCUACGACAGGGACCGAUUCUUCGUUCAUCAGGUCACUACAAAGCCCAAACGAUCCACUAAUGCUGGCACUAGUGGUGGUGCUGCUGCUGCCGAUGGUGGUGCUGCCAGUGGUAGUGGUCCUUCCAAGGGCGCGGGGAAGCUUCAAGUCAUGAAGCGCCCGCCGCCGCACCCGCAGCAGCCAUGGAUUAUGCCGCAGUUCGUGGCUUCGGGCCCAGCAAUGCGCAGCCAGAUGUUUUCGGAAUUUGCCAAUAUCUAUUUCCCCCAGAGUAUUGAUACUAGCUAUAACCUGGAUGUGUGGCAUUAUCUGAUCUCGGGCUUCUCGGCGCUGCCUAAGAAGACGCAGAUGUUGGAUAAGGCGAUUGCGGCGUUGGCUUGUUUCUACUUGGGCAAGCUGCGAAACGAUAAACGUCUUUUCCAUCAUGGCAUUCAGUUGUACAAUAGUGCCAUUCGACAUCUUUCCACCAUGAUGAGUCAAAACAACUAUUGCGACGAUAUUGUUUACACUACGAUUGUGUUUCAAGAAAUAGAGUCAUGUUACUGCCCCCAUGGGCUGCAUGUAUGGGUUGCGCAUAUUGCAGGCACCAACGCAAUCCUAAGGCAUUUUCGUCGAAAAGCAGGGAGGAACCCUUUAAUCGACGCCAUCUAUAAUCAACAUCAAAAGCUACGAAUACUAUUCUCAACCACCGGCACGGGCAUGUCCCCAGAAGAUUACGACUACCUCACAAAACCCUGUGACGACCGUCCCGUAAACGGCCUAAUGAAAUUCUACGGCGAGGCCUCGCCCAUCGUGGACGCAAUCAACACCGUCGACGCCUCAGACCAUCAAGCCUGUCAAACAGUUCUGACAAAAUGUAUUGCCCAUAAAGACGCCCUCAUGGCAUGGUACGCCGCUCACAAAAAGGAUUUCGGCGGCGGACCCUCAGAAUGCGGACCCGGCACAAUUCUCAACCCUCGACUACCCCCAACAGACAAUCUAUUCGGUGCAUCCUAUCGCUUCUCAUCACUCGACAACGCAAAACUCCACAUCGUCUUCUGGGUCGCACUCUCCAUCAGCCACCGCAUGAUCUACGAAGCCCGCGGCCUGGUCUUAUCCCACACAAACACUAACCAAUCAUCCACACCACCAACCAACCGCACCCAAGACGAAGACCUACUCCUAUCAAUGUUCUAUCACGACGAAAUCGGCCGGUCCGUCCCGUACUGUGUCCAAGAUAGCAUGAAGUCAUGGGGCUUUUCCACGCUACUAUGGGGACUAAGCCAAAUCCUCAAUCCCUACGCUGAAGCAGGGAAUUGGGAGAAAUUCGCUUGGUGUCAGAACGCUUUGAUGCUUGGUUCUGAGCGGGGCUAUGAGUCUGCGAUUCGCCUUAGUGAGAUCUUUUGGGCUGUGUGGCACCGGGUAAAUCCUCGGCAACAGAGGUUUAUGGCGCUGGCGUUGAGGGAUUUCGAUCCUCAGUAUUUGACUAUUCCGAAACAGCAUUAUAUGGAGCUUGUGGAUAGGACGGUGGAACCGAAUCUGUUGGAUGCGCCGCCGGAGGAGAGUUUAUAG